AGCUGUAACCUGUGACACUUGUUUUAUCUCUACAAACAAAUGGCCGAAUAACUGAUUGGCCAAGAGAAGGUUAAAGGUGGAUUUAUCCAUGAGUUGUCGAGAUGAUGAUUAUGCAAGGUUGAUUAUUCAGAGAGCACUCAAGGUAUUGUCAUUGCGCGCGCCAUAAUAGAAACGGCAAGCAACGAGGCAGAACGGGGUGCCGAACGUGAUACGAGAAACUCUUGUUAACCUCUAAGCGUGAUGGCGACGAAAAGAGACCGUCGAGCAACCACUACGGUGACUGUGGAUCGAGAGGUUCGAGAAUAUACUGUUUAUUGUGGAUGCUGCGACUGUAUGUGGUUUGUAGCAACGUGUGAAGGUUGGUUAAAKAUGCUUGAAUGGAUCAGUACCUUCCUUGCUUUCGUUAUCAUCUGUGCAAGGCUCAGCUAUUACUCCGCUUUAGCCCAGUACGACUUCAUGGUCUUCGUUGGAGUAACUGCCUUCGUAUUCAUAACAAUACAUAUUAUACUCAAGAUGACACAUCUAUUCGAAAGGCUUCCCGAUGCUUUGAUUCAUCCAUACGUUGGGGUCGUCUGCUGUCUUCUCGCUGUGGUAGCAUUUUUGUCUGCGUCCUCUGUUGUUCUUGCUUAUGCCAAUGGCGACGAAUACCUAGUGGCUUCUGCAGCUUGUGGUUACAUUGCRAUGUUCUUAUUCCUUUUGGAGGCUCUUUAUUUGUUCUGCCGAGUUAAAAGAACGCGAAGCCAGGCAACAGAAUCGACACAGACCGUUGAAACAGUCCAGAAAGUUGAAACCAAUGAAUCGUCGGUCGAACAAAAAGAAAGACUGUCUGAAUUUCCUCAAUAGAAAAAGAGAAAACAUCGCUAUUACAGAUAUCAUAAGUCAUUUUGCAUUWGGCUUUUGAGGUUCCCACAUUGUCCAGCCGGAACUGACCGAACAGUUACGUACAUACGUCAUCUUAAAAAGUACAAGUAUUGACGAACUUGAUGCCUGAAAAAUUUAAUKUUAGUUUGAUUUUCAUUACAGUAAGGAGUUAUUAAUGUAUGUUCUAUAUCAUAUGAUMAUUUAGUUUUGAUCCCAUUCCUUAAGAUAAAGACAAAUGAGUUGAACUGAACUGAACAACUACAGCACGCGAGAAAUUACUACGUGGUGUUCAAAAGAAARGAUAAAAAAUCGAAACAGGCACACGUCAGUGGUAAUAACGARAAGAUGUGAUAAAAAAUCAAUUGAGAAUAAAAAGAAAUAAACGUUAGCAGUAAGUUGACCUUCA